UGUUUUGAGUGUUUUCUGUAUUUCUUGUGUAAAAAACACAAUUUAAUCAUUGUUUUUGCAUAAUAUAACAUUUACCAAACCUAAAAAAUGGAGGAAAAGGAGAAGCAACGAGGAAAACAUUUUUGUUGUCUCGGUUGUUUGGGUCGAUCAGAUGAAUGUGUGAUUCAGAAUUUUAAAGUACAAAACGAAGCUUUAAAAUCUGUUUUUCAGGAUGAUAGUAUCAGUUUAUGCAGUAUAUGCCUACGGGUCGCCCAACGUGCUGAGUUGUUUAUCCAAAAUGUCCAAAACAACCAAAUCCUACUGGAAACUUUUCAUAAUAAUAUAAUAGACGCAUCAUUCCAAAAAGCCUGUAACCAAACACAGCCUCUUGUAAGCUUGACAUACUGCACACUGGAUGAUAUUGAGGUAGAUGGGACGGACUCGGACGUCAACGAAGUGUAUUCUGUGUUCUGCAGUAGAAGCCACAAGGUCAAAGUUAAGACGGAGAUGAAGGAAGAAGAGAAUGAGUUAUUGGAACACCUUGAGGGGGAAUUCGUUGAUGACGAUGAAUUCCAAGCUCCACUCCAAGAUGUAAAGGAAGAAGAUGAAUUUCCGCUAAAUACUUUGUUGAAGCUGAAAAUGGAACCUGACAGCGAAGAUUCAAACCUCACUAGUAGAAGAACCAAGAAGAAAGCCAAGACGAAACCUGCCAAAGCUGAUAUUCGAAUUAAAAAAACCAUAUCUAAUUCUAUACCAAAAUUAGGGAAGAAAAAACGCAACAAACUAUUUAAGUUCCAGGUAAGUUGCCAACAGAAACAAUAUACAUGUCCAAGAAAGAGUGUAUGGAGGAAAGGAAGAAAAUGUUGCAGAAUCAUAAAUACCUUAACUGCGUGUAUAAGUGCGAGGAUUGUAUCAAAGGAUUCACGUAUAAGGCCAGCUAUGAGAAGCACAUGGAAAAACACAGUGAGGCGAGUGGUGAAUACAUCUGUAAUAUUUGUAAACAAAGAAUGCCCACAGAAGACAAGUUGCAUAGUCACCAAAGAUAUCAUCAGUAGGUACAAAUGCCCGGACUGCGAGCUAGUCCGCAUGUGCCCGGGGACGAUAAGGGAGCAUUACUUCGCGACGCACGCGCAGGGCUACGCCCAGUCCAAGUGUCCCCACUGUCCUAAGAUGUUCAAACGGCCGCGCGCGCUUCGCAAGCACGUGUGCCAAGUGCACAGCACGCGGCCGCGCGUCACGUGCGCGCACUGCGCCAAGAGCUACGCCAACAAGGCCGUGCUCAAGACGCACAUGAUGCUGUUGCACCCCAAGGAAGUAUCAGCGGUGGAAGCUAGCAAGCGCUACGUUUGUCGAGACUGUGGCAAAGGUUUCCACUCGCCGUCCCAUCUGAAGAAGCACAGCUUGACGCACUCCAUCAGAAAGGAUUUCUACUGCGUUGAGUGUGACAAGAGUUUCAAAUCGGAUGAGACACUGAAGCACCAUUUAAAAACUGCGUUGCCGCAUGUCAACUAUUCAGAGUUACCAUUGCCAUGCCAGCACUGUGACAAACGGUUUGCCAUAAGGAGGGAUUUGGACAGGCACAUGAAUAGGGUACAUCUAAACAUCAAGCCAUUCCAAUGUGACAGUUGUGAUAAGGCGUACGUGAACGGCUGGUCACUCACAGAACACAAGCGACUGAUCCACGAGGGCUAUAAGCGACCCUUGAAGUAUCCCUGUAAGCUGUGCGACAAGAUAUUUGACCGCAACUCGAUCCUUAAGAGCCACAUCCGAACGCACACGGGCGAGCGGCCGUACCAGUGCGAAUUAUGCUCGGCGGCCUUCAGCCAGCGCGGCGUGCUCGCGACACACACGCGCCUCGUGCACCUGCGUCUGACGCGCGACGGACGCCCCAAGCCCUCGCUCAAGUAGCACGAUCGUGGCAUUUAGGUUGUAGCUUCGUUACAUUAACUGUGAGCGACUAAGAGAGAGCAUCUCCAAAAUAAAUUAUUUGAUUUGAAUAAAACUUCACGAUGCUCACGCGCGAUGGACGCCCCAAGCGUUCGCUCAAGUAUGAUAUGACACGAUCGUGGCAUUCAGGUGUUAGCUACUUUACGCCAACUGUGAGCAGCUGAGAGCAUUCCUUCGUACAUCUGCGUCUGACGCGCGACGGCCGCCCCAAGCCUUCGCUCAAGUAACGCACGAUCGUGGCAUUCAGGUGUUAGCUACUUUACGCCAACUGUGAGCAGCUGAGAGCAUUCCCUCGUACACUUGCGCCUUUAGCGCGACGGCCGCCCCAAGUCCAUAUGUUGUCCCGAAGUGGUGGUAGGGCAAGCUAUAUUUGGGACGUGUAUAAGUGCCCUACAAAGGGCCUAUGUACUGAAUGUACUGUACUAUACUGAGUACCAAGCCUUCGCUUAAGUAGCACGAUCAUGGCAUUUAGAUUUUAGCUAAAUUACGCUAACUUUUAGCAGCUAAGAGCUUUCCUUUGGACAAGCUUGCCCUAAGCGCCACGGCCGCUCUAAGCCCGCGCUCAAGUUCAGUGGCGCACGAUCGUUUGACUUAGGCCAACAGCCAUAAAUAUUCAUGCGAGGACUGCUUAAGCUCGUACUUAAGUAGCUCACGAUCGUGCAAUCUAGGGU